UGGCAUCUUAUGCAUUUCAACAAAAUUAGAUGUAAAUUUCAAUCAUGGAGGUUUGUAGCAACAGACAAUAACAGUAACUUAAAGUGCAGAAGAUUUCAAAUCUUGACCACAUAUGUCUAAAAUGGUUUGCCCUACAAACCAACUUUUAAUUAAUUAUGUCUUCUAUAGCUUCUUUUUGGUCCCAUAUUGCUGUUACUGUUCCUGGAGCUGGUCUGAUUUUCGGAGCUUCUUCAAAUCUUGAUUCUGCAAAACUACUAGUUGAAACUGAACUGUUACCAUGGGACAUACUAAUACAGCUAUAUCAAUCUUGAUUUUGGAUCCUGAAGAUGGACAAACAAUAACUUCUGAGCCAAGAAAUCAUAAGGGUUUGGAAAUCUUGAAAAGUAUUGCAUAUGGUGGCUUAACAGAAUCAGUUACAAGCUUAGGCGUUGUGACAUCUGCUGCAAGUGCUGAUGCUACCACAUUGAACAUUCUGGCUUUGGCGUUGGCAAACCUCGUUGGCGGACUCUUCAUCAUCGCUCACAAUAUUAGGGAGCUUAGAAAGGAACAACAGCGAGAAAGCAACACCGAUCCAACAAAUGAACGAUACCGAGAGUUACUUGGCAAGAGAAAGAACUUUAUUCUUCAUACUACAGUUGCUAUAUUAUCAUUCCUUGUUUUUGGUUCAGUUGCUCCAGUAGUCUAUGGUUCCUCAUUCAGGAAGAGUGACAAUAAGGAAUAUAAGCUAGCAGCAGUUACAGCAGCUUCUCUUUUCUGUAUUAUCAUACUUGCUAUUUGUAAAGCUUACGCCAGGAAAUCGCUGCCUAAAAACUACAUCAAGAUCGUAAUGUACUAUGCUGUUGUUGGAUUUGCAGUUUCAGGAGUUUCAUACUUAUCGGGCCAACUUAUCAGAAAGCUACUCGAAAAUUUUGCUUUGUUUAAAUCAGAGAAACCUGCUGCUUGGGCAUCCUAAUGAUGUCCGUUUGAAAUUCAUUGUCAGGAUCUUCUCUAA